UUACCGCAUUCAUCUCUCUCCUGGCUCACGACGGAGCUCAAGCUCCGCAACGCGUGCUGCGAUUGCCCGUGCCGUGGGCAUUAGCGGUUCUGGCACAAAAAAUAGCCGAACCGCAUCCUCAUUAAUUUCCUCUGAACGCAAUUCGUCGGACACUCCCUCCCCUCCACCGGCACUCGAACAUGCAAUCCCCCCAGCGCCCGACUCACCUCCACCUUUGGUACAAGCAUUUUCUGUACCGCCAUAUUCCGACAGCCUGCAUUCUGGCAGUGUAUCCAGUAGAUCGCCAACACCCCCCGAGAACUCCUUCCCAUCAAUGAUCAACCAACAUUCCCAGCCAAUGUCCAAUGGUCAAGUCGCAUCGCACUCCUCGCCAAUCCAGUCGCAUUAUGGUGACAGCACACCAAGCUAUGACGAGUCCUCGCAAGCUAAUUACGGCUACGUCUCAGCGGCUGUUUCGCAGCCUUCCAGUGGCCAUGCUGUACAUGACCACUCAUACGACUAUUCUCAGGCAUACGGCGAGAAGCCAUCCAUGUCGCGUAUUCAUUCUUCCUCUCUUCAUCAAUCACCCAUGGAAAAUGUUCAUGAUGGCUCUGCGCAGUCAUCCGCCCACCUUUCGUCUGUAUCAUCUCGUCUCUCGAUUUCACACAUCUCGCAUCCACAUUCUUAUCCUACACAUUAUCAGACAGUCAGCACGCCAUCACCGGAAUCACCGCACUCUGUCUCACCGCACUCUCAGUUAUCUUCGCCCAACUACUCAGCCUACCGGGAUGACUCACACGAGGUUGCGUCAUACCAAAACGGUUCUGGGAUAUUGGAUCCUGUCUCCGAUCAUUCAAACAUAUCCAGUAACUUUAUGAACACACAAAACAAUGUCGUUCAUGGAUCAUAUGGUCACAAUCUUAUGUCGCAUCAUUCGAGCAUACCAAGAUAUGACUCGCCACCACCAGUCCUAGCGCCGAUUCAGGACGAGAGGGUGCUUCGCGGGGACAUUCGGAUUCCUCAAAUGCACCAUUCAAUAACACCGCCCGCCUCGCUCUCAUACAUGCAUCAUUCUCAAGUGCAGAGUUCGUAUCCUUAUCACCCUCCGCACGUCGGCCUCGGCGAAAGCGCUUGGAAGGCGGAUAACGCUCUGCGAGCGCGUCCCUCAACGGGAUAUGUAUAACACCGAGACCCCCUUGUUUCACGUUUGCUGUUGUGAAUGUCGUAUUUUAUAGCUGUCUCGUAACCGGAUUUUGUCUCCUUCCCUCGAUGUCUCUGUUUUGUGUACGGAUUACUAUCGUGCAUUUCGUGCUAUCUUUACAGCAGUUGCUACGCUGCUUGGUACUACAUCGUUACCACACACAUACCAUAUACCUGCGUAUCUAGCCUGCAUAUACAUACUUUGUACAUUAUGUUGUUCAUAAGAAGAAUUGCAUCGUGGAUUCCGAGCCGAU